AAUUAUGGUAAAUAGAGUUUGUAAAGUUUUACGAGAACUUCUCAUCGAUUUGGUGGAUUAUUUUUUGCUGAAAAGCCUGAAAUUUGGGGAGGCGAUUCCAAAGAUUUCUUGGCAGGUUAUUGGAGAAAAUAUUGAUUACCACAGAUAUCCCAUCUGUACCUGAUGGAAUUAUAAGAGGGUGAUGUUCUGAUUGAUCUCCAUAAUGUGGCUGUCAUUUGACUCUUAAAAAAGAAGUAGAUUUCGAAAUCUGAAUUUCAAUCUGCUCUUCAGAGCGAGAUGGGGUGCGGAAACUCUACUCCAACGAACAGUAAGAGUAAUUCCUUGGCAACUCUGGACAGUAACUCUAGACCAGGAAGCAAAACGAUACCAAGGAAUAAAAGCCUCGAGAGUGUGCUGAGAGACAAUGAAGAACACAGAGCAGACAGUCGUACCUCCUGUAGAGAUAGUGGCAUUGACAGUGCAAAGACUUCUGAUGGUCGAAGGAGACAGGCUGCUAAUCUUGAAUCAAGUUCACAAUUGAACAAUAAUGAGGCAAAGUCAUCUAUUGAAUCUCGUGUCUCACCCACAAAGGCUUUGGCCUUUGAAGUGAUGGUUGACAAUACUAAGAAUCAAGGAGAUAGUAUUAUUGCAAGACAUCCACCCAGAAGAUUACAGAAACUGGAAAUCAAAAGGGAACCAACUCUUACUGCAGAAAUGAUUCAGGAGAAACUGAUGGAGAGUGAAGAAAGAAGAAGACAGGUCCUUGAAGAAAGAGGUAAGAGUUCAAAGACAUCAUCAAGAAGACGGAAACAGCUGAUACUUGCAAGGGAGUUUGGAAAACUCCAAGAGAGUGCAGAAGUUAAGACGAAGCUUGAAGAAAAGAUAGAUUCUGCCAGCAAGAACCGUUCCAAGGCUCAGGCUGAUGUCAUUGCCAAACAGAAGAAGAGAGAACUGAGAGCCAAGCAAGCCAAGGAGAGAGCUAGAAGGAUGAGGGAGGAGGAGAAUGAGGAGAAUCACUUUGAUGUAGAGAAGGAUGAAACUUUCAAUGCAGAAGACGAUGUGGACUCCUGGUUGGAUGGGGAUAACAAUGCUGCACUCGGAUCUGCAUCUACAACAUCAGAGAGGAUCUAUAACGGAAGGAGUAGUCCCACUAAGAAGAUACAUACGGAUGGACCAAGGGUUGACAAGAGCCUUGACUAUGGUUCAGACUCUGAUGAGAAUCAAGGAUGGACUAGCAAAGCAUAUGGCGCAGGUCAGGCUGCAGGGAAAGAUGAUUUCUUUGACACAUAGGGAAACACUUGUGAAGAGGUGUCUUUGACUGUAUGCUGACAGCAUUAAAUAUACAAGAGGCUAGAAGUAUAUUCACUAGUUUUCAGAUACCAAUACCUGUUACUCAAUCGACAUUAAGCUAAGCCGUUCAGAGCCUUAGUCAUCUGUGUUUUUACCUUGGAUGAAAUGAGGAAGAUCAAAGACAAGGUUUUUUGCCAUUGCACAAGAAUGACUCGUCGCAGAGGAACGCUACAUGAUAUUCAGUUUGAACAAUUAAAUACAACCUUGGGACAUCUUUGAUGGUGCGAAGCUGCAACAUUUCUCUGGAAUGGGAUUAUAUAGCUUACUCUCCUUCGAUUUUUGCCUUUAAUAUCAGAGGUUUGAAAUAGAUGGUGGUUUUUAUUUUUGUAUUUCACUCUAUAUAUGUACCAUGACAUUUAUACUAUAUGCAACUUGGGAAGAUCACAUUGCAGUGUCUGCAGUGACUACAUACUAUACCUGUAUUCGGCUAAUAUUCAGUAUCAUUCAUAAAGUACAAACUAUUUAUGACAAUAUCAUAUACUCUUCUCAGCUUCAGGUUGAAUUUGCAUAAAUCCAACGAUGCAAUUGUUCAAAGAAAUUAUUCCAUUGAGAUUAGAUAUGUUUUAAUUUAAAAGGACCUCAUGAACAAAAUAUUUAUGAAAUUUUUUAAUUAUCAUCCUAACAUUUAUUGACGUUGGGCUUACGUCAUCCAAACAUACAUCACUUCAGGUUAUCAAAUUGAUAUGUAUCAUUCUUUUUUAAAGGAUUGGAGGUCGAUAAGAAAUUGUAGUCCAUGGUUCAAGUGCUCUUCUCUGCUCUGUGAGAUGAAUCUUAGAUUUUUUUUAUAAUGUUUCAUGACAUCAAAAUCAUUCCAAAUUAUAUUUAGAUGGAAUUAAAUUGAUAUAAGAUUUUCCAUCAGAUUGUAGGUCACAUCUCUUGUAAUUCAAUACAUGUUACAACAGCAGGAGCAAAAUACUAUAUUUUGCUACUCUCCACACACAGGUAUACAGGUUGAAGGCUUCAUAUAAAACGAGCUAGGGCAAUUACUCUAGAUAGUGCUUGAAGAAUGUGUGUCUUAUCAAAAUGAUUCAUAUAUAUAUAUGAGUCACAAAAUACAUCUAGUAUUUAUCAUUGAAAAUGUGUAAGUGUAUAUUAUUACUUUACAUGUGUGUAUUUGGAAAUGGACUUUAAUGAAUGCAGCUUUCCUAGUGCCUGCCUAUAUUAUGCUGUUUACCGUUGAAUGUGAAUCCGUCCAUUAUAUAUGGUGCUACAUGUAUAUUAGAAUGACAUACCGUCCAAAUGUAUUGCAUUGAAUCCUUACCACUGCUAUAUAUUCUUAGUAUAACGAGUAAUAAUUAUGUGUCUCAAUAUAACAAAUUACUUGGAUAUUCAUAGGAAGAAUCUCAUAUUUGGUUUGAAAAGUUGUAGUGUUUCAUUAAUAGUUAUGUCAGUGAUUUUCAUCAAUAUAUGUUAUAAGCUACAUAGAAUCAUUAUUUGGGAGCAAACUAGUGAGUGAAAAAUCAGUGAGAAAACUCACUGAAGACUUGAUGAUAUGCUCCCCAUCAAUAAUCUGUUAAUGUACAUCAAGAACAUGAUUAUAUCAGUCUUUCAGUUACAUGUAAACUUUCUCACUGUAUUUAAAGAUUUCAGAUGAGUGAAUUGUAGUUUGACAGAGGCUUUGUUUAGAAAUAUGUAAAGUAUAUCACUGCUGACUUAGGAUGACUAAACCUACAUGUAUAUGAUACCUCAGUCAUAUUUCCCCUAUGGCAGCCAUAUGGCAAGUC